UCGAAAACAUUGUCAAAAUGGCUGCCGCAGAAAGCACUAGGCUGUCACUAAUGCAGUCAGAAGAACCGCUUAAACUAUCUGAUUUAUUAGAUCGAGGAUGGAAACUAUAUGAUGAGGUAGACACCACUAAUGAUCCCAUUGCAGCCACCCAUAUCCAGGUUAAAAUCAAGCGUGGGAUAACGCAACUGGAAGAGGCAACGCGAAUGGUUGCCCAACUCGACUUGUUCAGCCGAAAUGAGGAUUUGGAGGAGGUAGCAACCAAAGAUCUGAAGUAUCUGAUGUUGCCUGCCCUCCUGGGGGCUCUAACUAUGAAGCAAGUGAACCUGGCAAAACGAUUAGAUGAAGUUCAGAUAGCUAGAUGUUACUUUUUGGACUUCUUGAAAAGAUGUAAGGAGUAUAACAUAUCGAAGUUUGAUCUACCCAAAACCAUUGCAAACUCUGCUGACAUACCAGAAGAAGAAUCUGCAAACGGGCCCCCCAAACCUCCGGACUUGAUUGCGAUGGCGACAGUUAGAGUGGCAAAGAUAGAAAGAUACAAACAGAGGAAGGACACAGAGGCCAAGCUAUCAGAGAUUAAGGCAGCAGUGGACCGUGGGCAGGCAGAUGACGAGAUAUUCAGAGACUUCUACCUCCUCAAUGUGAGGAAAUGGAUUGCUGUAUCCCUGGAGGAGAUCGAGAGCAUUGACCAGGAAAUUGAGAUUUUGACCAGGAUGGAUGUUCUAAAACAGAGUUCAGCAGAGCCAUCACACUCUAAAAGGCCUCCCAUGAAACCCUUCAUUCUCACCAAAGAUGCUGUUCAGGCCCGAGUGUUUGGGGCAGGCUAUCCCAGCCUACCUACUAUGUCAGUGGAUGACUGGUAUGAACAGCACAGGAAGAAAAAUGCCCUGCCAGACCAGGGGAUCCCACGCAGCGCUGAGGACUUUGAUGCAGAAGAGCGAGAACAAGAAGAGAAAGAGAAGCGGGUUGAAAACGAUGACGAGGAGGCCUUGCAGAAAGCUAGAGACUGGGACAACUGGAAGGAUACGCAUCGGAGAGGCUAUGGGAACCGUAAAAACAUGGGCUGACAACCAUCAAACACAGCAACAGUGCCAAACCUGGUCUGUCCCUACUCUGUCUCUCUGAAGAUUUGUUGUUGUUGCUGCUGUAUAUAGAAAGAUGACCUUGAGGAAAAGGGAGGUCUAUACAAUCCCAGACAGAAUCUGUUUAUAAGUGUCUGUUUAUUCUGAUGCUGCAAAUCACGGCUUUCAUUGUAGCCGUAUCAGAGGAACAUUAUUUAUUGGCAAGCAUUAAUAUUAUCUGCAGGCUCCGUACGAAUACACAACCAAGUAUUGCCACCAAGGCCCUGUCCGUCGAGACGGCGCAGUGGUAUGCUUGAGAAGAUUAGUGAAGUGAAUUUGAUGAUACAUUUUUUUAACAGCUGCUCCCAAGUAGAUUCAUAUUUCCUGAGAGUAUCCAACAGUACUUAAAGACCCUGUUGUGAAAAGCCCUACAGAGGUGGUAACGCUCUACAGGUACAAAAAAUUGCUGUCGUCAUCCACACUUCAUGUGCUUGGUGAUGGAAAAUGUAGCUUGUGUGCCUAUACAGUCCCCUAAAAUGUGGCUGUAUACUCCAGCAUUUUGGAUUUGACAAUAAUUGUUUCAUAUGAGGUGACAGUACAGAAUGUCACCUUUUUCUUUCAGGUAUUUUCAUACAUAUCUGUUUUACUGUUUAGAAAUUAAUUAGAAGAAGUCAUAAGUAUUUUGACAGAUUCACUUAGUGUAUUAAAGUAUUCAAAAGUGUAGUAUUUGGUCGUAUAUUCAUUUUCACAUUAACAUUUUAGUUAUUUAGCAGACACACUUAUCCAGAGUGUAUAAUAUUGCUCCCAUGUAACUUGAUAUGUGUCUUUUGGUGAAAGCAUCAAUUGUGAUCUCAAAAUGUAUUUCCGUUUCCCAGCCAAUUAAAUCAAUGUAUUGCA